AUGUCUGCCAAAGAGGACCCUGCAGUGGAGACAGGUGACAAUGAAAUACAUGAGCUGAAUUCUUCUGCACUGCAAGCUUAUUUCCCACAUGCAUCCUUUGAUUUUCACAAGUUUACCAAAGACAUGGAGGCAGAAUUCCAAGAAGUCCGUAAACAGCUGCAGAACAGUUACAACCCUACCAUGAGAAAUGAACACAAGAGAUUAAAGUCAUUCUUGUCGUAUACAUCUUAUUCAUCGUGGUCUUUGACAGAAAUGGCAGCUGCUGGGUUUUAUCACACGCUUGUUAAAUCCAGUGUGCAGUGUUUUUGCUGUGGCUUGGUCUUAUUUGCCACAAAGGUCAGAUGUACCCCAUACGAACAGCACAAGAAAUUUUGUCCCACUUGUGAGUUCAUCCUGGGCAAAGAGGUGGGUAAUAUUUCAAAGUACGACAUACGUGUUCAGAAGCUGGAGAAGAUCCCAGCAGAGUACACCUACAAGUACAGCACAGAGGACAAGAGGCUGCAGUCCUUUGAUGGAUGGCCUUUCUAUGCCAGCGGAACAAAGCCCGAUUUGCUUGCCAGAGCUGGAUUUUUCUUUACGGGCAAGAAAGAUACAGUGCAGUGUUUUGCUUGUGGUGGAUGUCUGGGAAAUUGGGAAGAUGGCGAUGAUCCGUGGAGAGAACAUGCUAAAUGGUUUCCUGAGUGUGAAUUCCUUCAAAGUAAGAAAUCAAGUGAGGAAAUUAAAAAAUACAUUGAAACCUACAGCGGAUUUGUUGGAGUUCUGGGGAGGCAUUUCACAGCUUCCUUUAUCAAGGAGAAUUUACUGACUGCAACAGGUGAUCUCGUCUUGAACAUCUUUGAGGAUGAAGGAGUUCGGCUGGACUCUUUUAAAACUUGGCCAGCAGAAGCCCAUGUGGAAGCCACUGCUCUUGCUAAAGCUGGGUUUUUCUAUACAGGAGAAGGCAAUAGGGUACAAUGCUUCAACUGUGCAGGUUGCUUACAGGAAUGGGAAGAAGGUGAAGAUCCUGCAGAAGAACAUGCAAAAUGGUUCCCCAAUUCCAACUGCUUGGAAGUACUUGGCAAGUCACUGGAAGAGCAAACAGAGACCCCGUCAACAUUACAGUCUGCACAGCAAACUCCCUAUAAAGCAAAUCUUGAAGAGAAAGCAACCCUACAUUCUGUAGGAGCUGACAUGACACUUGUUGAAAGUCAGUGUCUUCAAGAAGUAAAGAACUUGACCAACCAACUUACAAAGGCUUACAAUGAUAAGAGCUUCAGCAAAUUGUUUUCUUUUGGGAAUUCAAACCAUUUGGCUAUUGACUUGAAAUUACUUUAUGGGGACCUAUCAGUUAUCUCAAAGGAUAUUAAUGAUCAGCCAGUACAGCAGCUCUUUCUUCAUGAAAUCCUUGCGAACCUUAACUCCACCAUUGUGCUGGAAGGUGAAGCAGGAAGUGGAAAAACAGCAUUGCUCAGGAAAAUAGCUCUUCUUUGGGCCUCAGGCUGCUGCCCCAUCCUAAGCAGGUUUAAGUUUGUAUUUUAUCUCUCCUUGACUCAUGCAAGACCAAAUCAGAGCAUAGCUGAUAUUAUACGCAAUCAACCGGUAGGAUUUGGGGGAUCAUUAACAGAAACAACUCUAAGAGAUGUAGUUCAGCCACUGAAAAACCAGGUCUUAUUUCUUUUGGAUGACUACAGUGAGAUGAAUUCAGUGCCCCAAACUGUAGAAGAACUUAUACAAAGGAAUCAUCUCUACCAGCAUUGUUUGGUUGUUGCCGUCCGUACUAACAGGAUGAGAGAAAUUCGCAAGUAUGCAAGCACCACUUUAAGCAUUGCAGAGUUCCCUUUGUCCAGCACUCUGUAUGUACUAAAGAAAUUGUUCUCCUACAAUGUCGACCUUGUGGAGCAGCUUAUCGUUCAGCUGGAGAUUGAAAAGUCUAUGCAGACCAUUCUAAAGACACCUCUUUUUACCGUGUCUCUCGCAGCGUAUUGGGUACAGCACCCAAAGGGUAACAUAAUCAGCGAUAAGGCUAUUUUCAAAGCCUAUUUGCUCUACCACUUACUAAAAUAUAGUGAAGAAAGAGAACAUGUACUGGCUAUGUUUUCCUCAUGUGGUGAGCUUGCCUUAACCGGUCUUUUUAAGCUGGCCUUUGAUUUCACGGAGUAUGAUCUGUCUGAAGCAGGUGUUGAUGGAGAUGAAGCUCUUAGGCUGGGUUUACUGAGCAAAUUUACUGCUCAAAGGCUUCAUCCAGUUUAUAAAUUCUUUCACCCCUUGUUCCAGGAAUUUCUUUCAGGGAGAAGACUGAGUGAGCUCCUGGUUUCUGAUGAAAAAGAAAAACUGGAGCGAGGGCUGCAGUACUUGCAGCAAAUCAACACAUUCAGAAAAGUUGCUGGGCGCUAUAAUUUUUUAUUGGAUUACCCAGAAUCGCUGUCUCUACCCAGUAGUUUUCAGGUUGCAGUACAAGGAAGUGAACACAAACAAGAAUUUAAUAUAUCUGAAAUAGGUGCUUGCUAUUCUUCACUGGACAUGCCAACAAUUGACCGGGAUUAUGCUCCUGCUUUUACACUUUCUGAUGACAUGGCACAAAAAAUUAAAGAAGAAGAAGAGGCCGACCUCAGAAAUUUGAUGACAUUGUUCUCUGUUUCGGAUUAUAUUGAACUUCAGCUCAAUAACAGUCCUGGAUUCAUAGAAGUUAUCCGACCUGCUAUUGAACAGUACAAGGAGCGUUUCAAAAAAUGUAGUCUACAUCAUCUUAACUUGAGCAUAACAGAGCAAGAAUUACUCCUCUCGAUGUCUUUCAUGGAAUGUCUUGAGAUAGAUGAGAAAGAAAUGCCAGAACUACUUUUUGCAAAUUUGGACAAAUUCAUCUGCCUGGAGGAACUGUCACUGAGUCAGUGUGAGAACUGCAAUGUAUUUGAUACAAUACCUCAUGGCUUCAAAAGUCACUGUAAGAUGAAGAAAUUGUUGAUGAGCAGAAUGAAGCUUGAAAACAGCUCUAGGCUGGUUGAAUUUAUCAAGAGCUUCCAAGACCUCUUAGUUUUUCACCUGGACUGCUCCAGCUGCUUCAAUGCUGAAUCCCUUCUGGCAGCAAUUUCUUCAUGCAAGAAAUUAACAGAAAUCAAGUUAAAUGGGUUGUUUUUGAGAGAUCAAGAUUUGCUUUCUUUAGCUGCUGCUCUGCCCAAUUUUGUCUCUCUCAAAGUGCUGGAUCUUAAAUACCAGAAUUUUGAUGACAAGGAAGCUUGUGAAAUCUUUGCAUACAAUUUAGGUUUUCUUCUUAACCUGGAGGAGCUCAUCCUUCCUGCAGGGAAAGGAAUAAAGUCUGCAGCCAAACUGAUUGUUCAGCAGUGUCUACACCUGCUGCACCUCAGAUGCUUCUCAUUUGUCCUGUAUCUGGAUGAUGACAGCCUGUUAGAAAUAGCAAAGGUUGCAAACUGUGGAGGUUUCCAGAAGCUUGAAAAGCUCUUGCUGUCAGUAAAUCAUGACGUUACAGAAACUGGUUGGAGAAACUUUUUUAGAACGCUUAGUAACAUGCCUGCUUUAAAAAAGCUGGACAUUAGCCGUAUGUUCACACGUCAGAUCAAAGCCAGCGCAUCAACAGUGACGGCUUUUGUCCAGUGCAUUUCUCGACUGCCUGGUCUGGUGACAAUAUUAAUGCUGGGUUGGCUCCUUGACGCAGAGGACCUUAAAAUGUUUGAUAUAAUGAAGGAGCAGCAUCCCCAGUCUAGGAGUUUAAAAUUAUCUUGGCAAUGGGUCUUGCCACUUUCACCAAUUUUUCAAGACUAG